GACAUUUAAAAAAAGACAUAAACAUUCAAUAUGUUCAAAUUAGAAUUCGAUAUUUUUUAGUUUUCAUAAUCCAAAUUUUGACAAUAAUUUUUUCCAGAAACUUUGUAUUUUAUGUCUUUGAUUCAGUGCUUCUUGCUGAAAGCCCUUAUUGCUCAAAUCUUUUGAAACGAAAUGUCAAAUCCAUUAGAGAAAUACCAGAAGCUAGGCCUGAAAGAAGCACUUUCGAGAAUCUAUCGAUACCCAAAAGCGUGUAAGGAGUUGAGUUUCAUUCUCAGAGGAGCUUACAACAAACUCCCCAAGAAUGUCCAGGCCCUCAUCUUUCAAGAUACUCUCACCGCCUUUCGCCUUCUUCCACCGAUGCAGACAAGUAGCGCUGUUUCCGCUGCUCAUCUCCUCCUUCAGAGUGCAGAGGCUUCAUUACCAAAGCAGAAAAAAAACCUAGCUAUUACGGAAUUUAAACAUGCAAAAGUUGCUUUUAAGAGGCAUAGUAAAUCGUGCCAAGAUGCAAAAGGCACCGUCCAACUGCCACAAGAUGUUCUCAUUCACAUCUUCAGUUUCCUGGAUAUGCCAUCUUUAGUUUCUGUUGAGCUUGUCAGCUGGUCAUGGAAUUUGGCAGCAAGUGACAACCAUCUGUGGCAGUCGCAGUACAAUGUGUUCUUUGGUAAUUAUAUGAAUUCUUCAAAGACUAAGGUGCAGCAGAGUAAUAAAGUGGUUAAAGAUAAAAAGCAUGCACUUCUUCAGGAGGAUGAGGCUUCCCAGAACUGUGUUGAUUGGAGAGAAGCUUUUAAAAGAGCAUAUAUUGGUAAUUCUUCAAAGAAUUUAACAUCGGAUAGGGGAUUUUGUGGGCACUGCAAUGCAGUAGUUUGGCUCAAUAACUUGAAAUGUUCUAAUGUACACUGUGGGCUAAAAUCCCAAAAGCAGAUCAAGCAUAUAUUGCCUUCCCAGGUUGUUGAGUAUCUAUUGGAAGAUCGCUCGCCAAUGAUAUCUUCGUCAGAUAGUGACAGUGAAUCAGAUGAAGAAUCCAUUUCUAGGCUAUGGGCAUAUCCCAAACACUUGCAGUUGUGAUAAGCCUUUUUGUUUAGAGGUACAUUUUUGGAGUUCCCUUGGUGGGAUCUUUCAUUCAAGCACUAGUCUCUCAAAGAUUACUUUGAAAAGAGGUGUCUAAAGGAGACAGGUUCCUUGAUUUUAGUAGUAUCAUUGAGUCAUUAUCCUAGAUGAUCUCCUGAUAUUAUUAUGGGAGAGGAGAACAUGAUGUUGUUUUAUUGGAUUUCCGAAACUGUAAAUUUUGCAAUAUAUAAAAACUUCUAUUAUUGAAUAGAUUAAAAAAAAAAAUAACAAUAUGCAAUUUAUUUCA